AUGAUUUCUAAAAAUGAGGAUAGUUUUACAGAUAAUGUAUAAUCUGAAAGAAAAUACUAUGAAAGUGAUUAAGAUAUUCAACCAUUAAAGGUAUUUCUCUAAAAUUUCCAAAAGGUAGGAGAUAACAUUUAGAAUCGAUUUUUAAUAAGCCAAAAAAUAGGUGAGGGUUCAUUUGGCAGUGUCUUUAAAGUUCUUGAUAGAAAGAAUAAUAAUGCCUAAUGGGCUAUGAAAGUUGAAGAAGAUGAAGAUGAAAACAGUUUAUUAGAAAGAGAAAUAAAAGUACUUAUUGAAUUGAGGUAAAAUUAAAUGUUCAAUUUUAGAAAAUAGUAAGGUUUUCCACAAAUUAAAUUUUAUGGAUAAGAAAGAGGAUAUACAUAUUGCAUUAUGACAAUGUUAGGAAAAAACUUAGAAUAAAUUUUUAGGAAAUUAGGAGGAGUAAUGACUUUAGCCACUGUACUAAGAUUAGCCAUUUAAGUAUCAAAACUAAAAUGAUAUUAGCUUAACAGAUGAUAGAUAGAAUUUCAGUUAUGCAUGAAAAUAGAUUUCUUCAUCGUGAUAUUAAACCAGAUAAUUUUGUUAUUGAUUCAGGAUCUAAUCCAAAAAUGUUAUAUCUAAUAGAUUUUGGUCUAUCUAAACAUUAUAUUGUAUUAUAUAUAUAUAAUUAAUUAUUAGAAUAGUAAAGGAGAACAUAUACCUUAUGUUAAGAAGGCAGGAUUAAUAGGAACUGCAAGAUAUGCCUCUAUAAGUGCACAUGAAGAAAUGGAAUAAGGAAGAAAAGAUGAUCUUGAAAGUAUUGGCUAUGUGUUGAUAUAUCUUGCAACAGGAAAUCUACCUUGGAUGAAUUUAUAAAUAGAUUCUAAAGAUGCUAAAUAUGCUAAGAUUUAUGAAAUAAAAAAAGAAAUUAAGAUUUAAGAUAUAUGUUAGAAUUUACCAAAAGUAAUAUUAAAUUUAAAUAUAGUGUUUUUAUUUUUAUAUGAAUGAUGUUAAAUCUUUAGAAUUUUAAGAAUCUCCUAAUUAUGAUAAAUUAAAAUCUUAUUUUGAGAGAGAAAUAGAAAACCAUAACCAAUAAAAUAUGAAUGCCUCUUCAUUUUCAUAUGAUUGGGAAAGAUUACCAGAAUAUAGUAGAUAAAAGAAGCAUUAGACAAUUCAUGUUAUGCAAGUAAAUUCUUAUUAAUCUAGAAUUAAGACAAAAGGUAAUAAGUAGAUAUUGUAUUUAAUCCACAUAAAUUAAAUCAAAUAAGUAAAUAAAAUUAAUUUAUAAAUUAAUAAACAAAAGAUUCUUAAUAAAAAUCAACAUAAAAUUAAUAACUUACAUUUGAAUAAAUGAUGAAUGAAAAAAGAAAGGGAACUAAAAGGACUGUUUAUAGUCCUACAGGUAAAAGUAAGAAAACAUCACUUAUGAUAAAUAUUUUAGAAAAUAAUGAUUUCAAUAAACAAAAUUUAUUAUCUCCAAUUAUUACACCUGAUGAUAGUAGAAUUUUAAGAAUGCAAAAUCAUUCUUCCACAUUACUGUAAAAUCCUCAACUCAAUUCAUCUUAUUUAUAAGAUUCAUUUAUAUUACCUUCAGUAGCAACUUCAAGAAUAAAUAACUAUUUUGAAAGUGAAGGUGUAGUUAGUGAAGGUGGAGGAUUACCAAUAUGGGAUUUAUGUGAUGGAUCAAAACCUGAAUUUUAAAAAGUAACAGGAAUAUUGGAAGGAAUAAAAAAACCUAGUUUAAUAAUAUUGAGAAAAGAAAGAAAAGCACAUACUUGUAAAUUAUAUAUUUAAUUUAUUUAGAAAUAGAUACUGUUAAAUUAAUGUAAGAAUUAUUUGUUCAACCAAUUAAAUUAAUUGGAGAUUAAGAAUCUUAUGUUGAAGGUUUAGAAUGA